AGAAUCUUCUGCACUCUGCCUGUGACGGUUUCGGAAGCUGAGCGAUCGUUUAGUCUUCUGUCAAGAGUAAAAAAUUUUUUGCGAUCCACCAUGAGCGAAGAACGAUUGACAAGUUUAGGAAUGCUUCCACUGGAAAACGAUUUAGCGAGAUCUUUAAAUUUUGAUGAUGUGGUUGAUGACUUUGCUAAUAAAAAAAGUAGAAAAGUUCACUUGUGA